AUGGCCGAAAAUAGUAGUUCUCUGCACAUUUGCUACGUACGUGGCAUAAUUUGUAAAACAAACGUUGCUCUUGAGAGACAUGAACGGAUUCAUGGGAAUAAUGGACCCCACGUUUGCAGUUCCACUUCGAAUAGUUUAACUCAAAAAAAUUGUCUAAUAUUGAACGAGCGGACUCAUACAAUUGAAAAGCCCUACAUCUGUCAAGUUUGCUCGAAAAGAUUUGCUGAUAAACGUAAUCUUACGAUUCACUCGCGAACUCAUACAGGUAACAAGCCUCACGUUUGCCAAGUGUGUUUACGAGGUUUUACUCAAAUAUAUAAUCUUAGAAUACACGAAAGAACUCAUACGGGUGAAAAGCCCUACAUCUGUCAAGUUUGCUCGAAAAAAUUUUCUCGAAAAUUUACUCUUCAAGUACAUGAGCGGACUCACACAAUUGAAAAGCCCUACGUUUGCCAAGUGUGUUUACGAGGUUUUUCCCAAAUAUCUACUCUUAGGACGCACGAAAGGACACAUGCGGGUGAAAAGCCCUACAUCUGUCAAGUGUGUUCGCAAAGUUUUGCACGAAAAUCCCAUCUCAUUAGGCACGAGAGUAUUCAUACGGAUGAAAAGCCUUACGUCUGCCAAGUGUGUUCUCAAAGUUUUGCACGAAAAUCCCAUCUUAUUAGGCACGAGAGUAUUCAUACGGAUGAAAAGCCUUACGUCUGCCAAAUGUGUCCACAAAGUUUUUCUCAGAAAUCCAAUCUUAAAUCUCACCAGAGGAUUCACACAGGUGAGAAGCCUUACGUCUGCCAAGUGUGCUUGAAAAGUUUUGCUCACAAAUCCACUCUUAUAACACACGAGAGGAUUCACACGGGUGAGAAGCCUUACGUCUGCCAAGUGUGCUUGAAAAGUUUUGCUCAAAAAUCCACUCUUAUAACACACGAGAGGAUUCACACUGGUGAGAAGCCUUACGUAUGCCAAGUGUGUUCACAAAGUUUUACUCGAAAAGCCACUCUCAUAGUGCACGAGAAGACUCACACGGGUGACAAGCCUUACGUCUGCCAAGUGUGCUUGAAAAGUUUUACUCAAAAAUCCACUCUUAUAACACACGAGAGGAUUCACACGAGUGACAAGCCUUACGUCUGCCAAAUGUGUUCGCAAAGGUUUGCUCAUAGAUCCACUCUUAUAUCACACAAGAGGAUUCACACGGGUGACAAGACCUACAAGUGCCAAGUGUGCUUGAAAAGUUUUGCUCAAAAAUCCACUCUUAUAACACACGAGAGGAUUCACACUGGUGAGAAGCCUUACGUAUGCCAAGUGUGUUCACAAAGUUUUACUCGAAAAGCCACUCUCAUAGUGCACGGGAAGACUCACAUGGGUGAGAAGCCUUACGUCUGCCAAGUGUGCUUGAAAAGUUUUGCUCACAAAUCCACUCUUAUAACACACGAGAGGAUUCACACGGGUGACAAGCCUUACGUCUGCCAAGUGUGCUUAAAAAGUUUUGUUCGAAAAUUUAGUCUUAAAGUACAUGAGCGGAUACAUACGGGUGAAAAGCCCCACGUUUGCCAAGUGUGUUGGAAAAGGUUUUCUAUAAAACGUAAUCUUCAGACGCACGAAAGAACACAUACGGGUGAAAAACCUUUCAGUUGCCAAAUAUGUUUACAAAGUUUUGCUCAAAAAUCCCAUCUUAUGAUGCAUGAGAAGACUCACACUGGUGAGAAGCCCCACACCUGCAAAGUCUGUUCGCAAAGUUUUGCUCAAAAAUCCAAUCUUAAAUCUCACGAGAGGACUCACACUGGUUAUAAACCCCACACCUGCCAAGUAUGUCCGAAAAGUUUUGCCAAAAAGUCUGCUCGUAUUAAGCACGAACGGACUCAUACAGGCGUGAAGCUGCACCUUUGUCAAUUGUGCGGUAUAAGUUUCAGUGGCAAGGGAAGGCUGGCAGCUCACAAGUGUACUCACGCAGGUGAUGUAUCCCACCGUUGCUUACAGUGUGGGAAAGAUUUCCAAGAUAAGAAGAAUUCCACAAUGAAUGAUCGGAGUGGUACCAGUGAUUUACGUGGUCACUGCAAUAAUUGUUCCAUAAACUGCCCUCGAAAACAUAGUUUAAAGGUACAGGAGUGGAAUCAAACGCCUUCCGGUUCUCAACUACCGUGUUCGACUAGUUUUACCCGAGAAGAUAUAGUGAUGUCGCAUGAAAACACUAACACCGAUAAUUUGCUGAAUGUCAAUUCAAUGUUGCCCUCAUUUUCCAGUACUUUUCGUCAUAAAACGUCCUUCUUGUAA